CUGCGGCCCGUCGGGCAGGGAGGCUGCGGGAGCUCCCGCCCCGCCAAACAUCACUGAGAGGCGGCGAGUAGGGUGCGGAAAGACCCUGCCGGCCCCGCCUUCAGCGCGUAGCCCUCUGAGGCAGGCGUUUCCUCUCAGACGGAGCUCUGGCCGCCGGUGCGGCCGUCACCUCCAGCUGCUCGCGGGGUCCGUCCCCACGCCCCCACCACCACCACCACGAGGAGCCCAGAGAGGGGCUAGCGGAGCCAGGACGCCCAUUAGCCCACGCCACGUGCGCCCCGGGCGGGAUGGGCGCCGGGAUCUGGCCGCCCCGGCCGGCGCUGCUCCUGACCGCCCUGGCCGCCGCGCUGCUGCCGCCGGGGGCGACGGGCUUCGCGCCCUCCCUCGACAGCGACUUCACGUUUACCCUGCCGGCCGGCCUGAAGGAGUGUUUCUACCAGCCGAUGCCCCAGAAGGCCUCGCUGGAGAUCGAGUACCAAGUUUUAGAUGGAGCAGGAUUAGAUGUUGAUUUUCUUCUUGUCUCACCAGAAGGAAGAACUUUAGUUUUUGAACAAAGGAAAUCAGAUGGUGUGCAUACGGUGGAGACUGAAGUUGGUGACUACAUGUUUUGUUUUGAUAACACAUUCAGCACUAUUUCUGAGAAGGUGAUUUUCUUUGAAUUAAUCCUGGAUAAUAUGGGAGAACAAGAGCAAGAACAAGAGGAAUGGAAGAAAUUUAUUACUGGCACAGACAUGUUGGAUUUGAAACUGGAAGAUAUUCUGGAGUCCAUCAACAGUAUCAAAUCCAGACUGAGCAAGAGCGGUCAUAUCCAAACUCUGCUUAGAGCAUUUGAAGCCCGUGAUCGAAACAUACAAGAAAGCAACUUUGAUAGAGUCAAUUUCUGGUCUAUGGUUAAUCUAGCGGUCAUGGUGGCAGUGUCAGCUAUCCAAGUUUAUAUGUUGAAGAGUCUAUUUGAAGAUAAAAGGAAAAGUAGACCUUAAAACUUCAAAUUAACAUUGAAAAAGAAAAAAUACACCGUUACAAUCAAGAUCAUUUUUAAGAAUGUUUUCAAAACAAGUACAACUUUAAUGUAAGAAAAGUCUUCACUUUCUUCUGUGCAAAUACUUUUGCUCUACUGGUACUUAAAUAUAUAAUACUUUGUAGAGUGUAGAAAAAAAUGAAAUGAAUAACUGCUUGUCCUUAAAUUUUGGGGAAAAAUUCCAGGUGUUACAGAUGAUGUAAAUCAGUAAGAUUUGGACCUAAAAGUAAACAAUAUUUUAAAAAAGAUUUUCAUAUGCACGAGUUUCUAUAUAAAUGUGGGCAAGUUUUCAGCAUAUUAUGACUCAUCUGAGAACUAUGAAUUAAAGAAGACAAUGAACUUUUUACAUAUGCCUCUCCUAUAAUGUUAAUAGAAACAGCUGUGUAGAAUUUCAAAUUUAUCUAUUUUAAGUAUUAGGGAUAAGAGAGAUGAUCCCAGUUUGAGCACAGCCAGCACUGACCCUUGAACAAAGAGCUAGUAGACCCAAAGCACCACAUCUGGCCAAAAGAGCAAAAAAAUUAUUUUUAACUUAAAAAUAUGGUUAUUUUUUUUUUGCCAGUGAUUGUGAAAUGAUGCUUAAAGGAUCGGGGCCUAAUGUAUGAUAAACUACUUUCUGAGUUCUCAAAACUAAAUGGAAAAAACCUAACGGGCCAUGGAGAUAGCUCAAAGACUUUGCUGGCUGGCUAUGUGGCCCCCUCAAAAACAAAAAAAAAGCAGAAAAUCCAUGAGAAAUAGGUAAAUUUUAGGGUAUCUGAUCAAAAUCAAGUUCACUUAAAUGAGUAUCUGGAAUCUGACUUGAUUCAUCAUAACCCAAUUCUAAUAUAAAUCAUGAAAUUUCCAGCUAAUUAGAAACUAUACUUGGCUGUGGUUGUUUUUUUUUUUUACAUUUUUUAAUUCUCUUUUUAAAAAUAUGUAUUCAGGUACAUUUUGUAAAAUGUAAGAGUUAAGAUAUAGCACUGGCUCUGCAUAUUUAUUACAGUGUUUAUCAUAACUUUGAUUUUAUAAAAUGACCUUUCUGGUCACUGACAAAUUCGAAUAAAAAUUAAAAACUUGAGUCCCAAGUUAUACACAUACAAUGUAUAGUACAUAAAGAACCAAAGCAAGGUCACUUUCAUACAGCGUCCAGUGAAAACAAACCCUUACCUUAGACUCUCAGAAUUAAGGUUUCCAAAGGUGAGAGAGUGGACAGAAUGGGUCAUGGACAGUGAAGGGAUGCAACACUUUGGUGUUGGAUGUGAUUAACAUUAUACCCCUAGAAAUUAGAAACAUUUACAUACUUAUAAACCAAUGAAACCUCAGUAAAUAAACAGGUACCACUCUGUGUUAAUAGCUCUGUAUAGUAUCAGUCUUCUUAGCUUAUUGGUGUUUGUGGAAUUUUGCUUCAAGUAAUAGUACUUUGCUAUUAAAUCAGUUUUUAGGUUAUGCCCAUGUGUAAUACUGUCAGAUGAGUUAGAAACAAUCAGUUUACAGGGCCCAAGCAAUAGUACAGUGAGUAGGUGUUUCUCUUGCACAUGGUUGACUCAGGUUCGAUCUCUGGCAUCCCAUAUGGUCCCCUGAGCACUGUCAGGAGUGAUUUCUGAGUGCAGUGACAGAACUAAAACCUGAGCAUCACCGAGUGUGACCCAAAAAACCAAAAAAGAAAAAAAAAUUAGCUUACAAGUUUGAGUAUAGAAUACUGCUAGAAUUUUCACUAAGGAAUAUUAUCUAGAUAGAAUGAUUUCAUUUCUAUUUUAUACUCAGAAUGGUAAAAAAAAAAAAAAAAGUAUUUCCCUCCAUCUUAUGUCCUUGGGACAACAGCAGGUCAAAACUGAGGUAAACGCCAUUAUCAACAUUUUCGUUUGCAGAGAAAAUGCUUAUAAGCGUCCAGAAAGUAGUCCUUACCUGUCUAACUCAAAGAGAAGCAAACUUACAAGACUCUAAAAGCUGUACAAAUAUAAACUACUGCAUCUUUUCUAUAGACUGUGAUUAAAGUAUUCUACCUCUUAUCACUGGUUACUUCAAUUCUGUACUCUGUUAACUUACCUAACACUGAAUUUGUUGUAUCUUCUAUGUAAUAUAAUUUGUGCCACCUAAUUGAAGAGUGGUAUGACAUUUUUUGAGAAAAAUUUAGGAAUAUUAAGAACCAUUUUAUUUUUAUAAACAAAAUGGAAAGUGAGAUUAUUUAAGAAAGCAUACUACCUAUAUUAACCAAAAGUAACAUUUAAGCUAAGAAUUUAAUUAUUACAGGCAUAAUACAUGCCCAUUAUAAUUCAAUUUUCAAAUUAUACUAAAAUUAAACUCUGGAAAGCUUUUUUGGUCUAUGCUUUUUAAUAAUAUAAAUGCAAAAUACUAUCAUGUUUGAGGCCUACCUAGAGUUUCAUUUGUUAAGUAUUUCAAUUAUUGAUAUUCUUUCAUCAAUAGAGGGUAAAAUGAAAUAAAACUGAAGUGUUACAAACAAAUGUCAAUUUACAAGACAUGUUUAACCUUACUUGUUGAUGUAAACUUUGACAGUUGAGUACAUAAAAUGGUAUAUGCCUCUUUCCCCAAAUGAAAAUUCUUUAUUUGAUAUCCCAAAAUUGCUCUAGCAUGUAAGUUUUUCAUGCAGUAAACCAGUCAGUGUUGCUCAAAUUGCUUUACAGCUUAUACCAUGUUAAACAAGUGUUGAAGACUGAGAUAAUUGCAUAUAAUAAAAACUGUAAAGAAAAUUCCUUUUCUUCUAUUCAUUGUUAAUCCUGUCUAGUCCUUAAAGCUUUUGUUGAUCUCAGCUAAGCAUGUGCUCCCUUCAAUUUGAAGAUCCAUAAUUCACGGUGUAUUGUUUCACUUUGCAUUGCAGUUCUAGUUUAUAUGCAUACCUUCCCUGUGGCAUAAACUACACUGGAAAAAAAUUUCUUCAAACCCCAUCAUUUGACAAAUACUUUAUAAAGACUACUUCCCAAUCCUCAGAUGUUUUUGUGUAGUGGUAAGGUUUAUAAAGGAAUUGUUUACAUGCAGUGUCAAAUGAGAUAAUAAACCUAAUCUGAAAAAGAAAAA